AUAUCUGAAAUCACAUUCCCUACAAUGUGGAGUCAUCUCUCCUGCAGAGAGAAUUAAGCUUCAGGGUGCAGCAGACAUGGGUGAGCAUUUAAAGGGAAGCUGACAUCUACCUAGAAGACAGAUCCACUAAAGUUUUCCAGUGCCAGAGAAAUGCCAUGCUUUCGGCAUUUGGAAGAGUUCCUACUCUGCCUGGGAGCUCUAUACCUUUAUAUUCAAAGGAGAUAAGCACUCCCUAAUUGACACACUCCACCCUCCUGUUCAUGGGAGAAUCCUACUGGUCAUCCAGACUCACAACUGUGCAUUAGGUCCAUGCUCAUCACCGAGGCUAACCCAGUCCUUGAUUCCAAUCAUGAAUGGACAAAUGUUUUCCAGAUAUUUAAGGAAAGUGAGGAAGAUGCACAAAUAGAACUAAUUCUCGAGGAGGGGAAAAAGGAUAUAAUACAGGAAACAGAAGUAAACGUUACCAGAACAUACUCUCAGAGUUUAAGAAAGACAAGAGGUUUAUGAAAUGAGAACAAGCUGUCAUAGAGGGGAACAAUCAGGGGACAGGCGAAAGUCCUUGGACACUAGAAAAGUUACUGCAGAAUUGACGUAGCGCAGAGGUCUGAUAGCGCCCAGUUCCCCGGGCUGCCCAUGGAACUCAGCGUGCUCCCCCAGCCCACACCCACCCGACCUUGUGCGCUCCUCCCAGCAUAAGGGUCUCCACCGCUCACUUCCGGUCCCUUCGCAGAGCCUGCUACCACACUACCGCCUGGCCCGGAGGACCCCGCCCUCCGCCAGCCGCCGCUGUCGUCCACCAUGGUGGUGCUCCGAGGACCCCGCCGCCACCGCCACUGCCCACACUGAUGCCGCUGCCCGCUCUGGGCCCCUGGCAAACCCACCGCUUUUCCCCUCCUCCCAGCGCCCGCACUGCCUGCCCUGGGCCCACUGUCGCAGGUGCGAUGGUACCACCACCCCAGCUAUGAGGCUGCCAUCAACACCCCCAUCAGCCUGGAGCUCCAUGCAUCCUAUGUGUACCUGUCCAUGGCCUUCUACUUCGACCAGGACGACGCGGCCCUGGAGCACUUUGACCGCUACUUCCUGCGCCAGUCGCAGGAGAAAAGGGAGCACGCCCAGGAGCUGAUGAGCCUGCAGAACCUGCGCGGUGGCCGCAUCUGCCUUCAUGACAUCAGGAAGCCAGAGGGCCAAGGCUGGGAGAGCGGGCUCAAGGCCAUGGAGUGCACCUUCCACCUGGAGAAGAACAUCAACCAGAGCCUCCUGGAGCUGCACCAGCUGGCCAAGGAGAACGGCGACCCCCAGCUCUGUGACUUCCUGGAGAACCACUUCCUGAACCAGCAGGCCAAGACCAUCAAAGAGCUGGGUGGCUACCUGAGCAACCUGCGCAAGAUGGGGGCCCCGGAAGCAGGCCUGGCAGAGUACCUCUUUAACAAGCUCACCCUGGGCCGCAGCCAGAAACACACCUGAGCCCAGCCAAGCCCCGCAGCCAUGGGGUGCCUUCCCCUGCUCGCGCCACCAGGCGGGGCAUCCAUGUUGCCUUUUCAGAACAUUCUCUUCAUUUUUCUCCUCUCAGUUUGACCAUUGUUAGCAAUAAAGUUAUCUGUUCUCAAAGCAA